GUUGCCGUGGAGACUCGGCGCUACGGCCCUGAGCUCAUGGCGCUGUACCAGCUCUUCUCCCACCCGGCCGAGCGCGGCUAUCGUGCGGGGCUCUGCUCCAAGGCCGCGCUCUUCCUACUGCUGGCCACGGCGCUCACCUACAUCCCGCCCCUGCUGGUGGCCUUCCGGAGCCACGGGUUUUGGCUGAAGCGGAGCAGCUACGAGGAGCAGCCGAGCGUGCGCUUCCAGCACCAGGUGCUGCUCGUGGCCCUGCUGGGGCCCGAGCCCGGAGCCUUCCUCGCCUGGAGCACCUUCCCCACCUUCAACAGGCUGCAGGGGGUUCACCUGCGCGUCCCCCUGGUGUCGACCAGAGAAGAAGACCGGAACCAGGAUGGGAAAAUGGAUGUGCUCCAUUUUAAACUUGAACUUCCCCUUCAAGCCACAGAGAAUGUUCUCGGUGUGCAGCUCAUUCUGACCUUCUCCUACCAACUUCAUAGGAUGUCAACGUUUGUGAUGCAGAGCAUGGCGUUUCUUCAGUCCUCCUUUGCUGUUCCCGGGUCACAGUUAUAUGUGAAUGGCGACCUGAGGCUGCAGCAGAAGCAGCCGCUGAGCUACCGUGGCCUGGAUAUCAGAUACAAUGUAUCUGUGAUCAAUGGGACUAGUCCUUUUGCCCAUGACUACGACCUCACACACAUUGUUGCUGCCUAUCAGGAAAGGAAUGUUACUACCGUCCUGAGUGACCCCAACCCAAUCUGGCUGGUGGGCAGGGCCGCCGAAGCUCCUUUUGUGAUCAAUGCUGUCAUCCGAUAUCCUGUGGAAGUCAUUUCUUAUCAGCCAGGCUUCUGGGAGAUGAUAAAGUUUGCCUGGGUUCAGUAUGUCAGCAUCCUACUCAUCUUCAUCUGGGUGUUUGAAAGAAUCAAAAUCUUCGUGUUUCAGAACCAAGUAGUGACCUCCAUUCCUGUAGCCGUGCCCCAGGGAGAGCUGGGUAAAGAGCACUUAUCCUGAGAAGACCACAUCAGGAGACUCUGAGGGACCAUGGCUACCUCAUCCCCAGCUUCUGAGAACUGUGACUUUACAACAUUUCUGCAAAGAGCCUGCUGGACACUUUCAGGCUCGAGUGUUUCCCCCUCAGAGACAAAGAAUGGUUCUUUCAACUGCACAAACCCUGUGCCUUCAAAGCACCAAGGAAAUCACAAGGACGAGUUUGUGGAAAGGUCCCAGGGUUACUAGAGGCUAUGAUUUUUGUUUUGUUUUGUUUUUGGUUUUGGUUUGGCCUUGAAUUUCAGGAGAAAAUUGCAGUCAGCUCAUACAUCUUUGAGAGAGUCCCACCUCUGGUCAAUGAAGACUUUACCCCUUUUGAACUGGGCUGCCUGUGCGUUCCUCCUCCUGUUAUAAGCUACUUUUUAGCUUCUUCAGGGCCCUCACGAGAAAUACGCAAGUCCCUAGUACUUUCUACUCCUACGUGUCUACACAUUGUCCAUUCAGAACUUUGAUUUCAGAACUGAAGCCUUUAACUGGAGAACUGAAGGGGGCAGGGCAGGGCCUAAAUACAUGAGUCCCAGAAACAUGUGCAUGCGGGUGGGUAACUUAAGGGCAGGAGGAGCAGACACCUGCCCUCAGGCUAAUAGAUGGGAGUCUGUCAUCAGCUCAGCUGAACAGCCCUCUGUUCCUGCCCUACUGUGGCUGGCUCUGUGCCCUGUUUCUUGCCCUCUGUCUGUGCCCCCGGGAUGGCGGCUGAAGUCAGAAGUACUGUUUUAUUUGGUCUGGCCCCCCACCCCCAAUAGCAGGGAAGGACAUCAGGCUUCUAACAACAGGUUCUUUCUCUCUGGUCCUCACUCAGCAGCCUGGCCACUUGCCACUCCUCCCCUUGAUGGCCUUCCCCCUUUCUGAAAGGAUCUGGGUGACCGAGGGGUUGGUGGCGGUGUUGGCUUCCAUUGCCUGACAACCGCAGGGUUUAUUUGGAGGCUGAGCCAAAAACUCAGUUGCUUGCAGUUCCCUGACUAAGGAACAGGGUAUUUGGCAGAAGGGAAGCUUUGGGGAAGCACGAGGAGCAGGUAAAGAGGAGGCUAAGCAGGGCAUCUACCAGAGUGACAAGCAGCCCAGCCAGGGAGCCCUCCAAUCUAAAGAAGUAUCCACGAAGAACGUGGCCAGAACAAGCUUCUACCUUGGCUCUGUUUAUGAUGUCACCAUGUCAUUAGCCCUGGAAGGACAUACCUACCCCUACCACCCCAUGCCUCAUGUCUAACCCCAAACACACUCCUCAGUAUAUGUCUUAGUUUACCUUGGAGACUCAGUUCUGAUUUCCAGAGUACCUUUCUGUCAGACUGAGCAAAAUAAGAAUUUUGAAAACAAAGCUAUUUUGAAGUAUUCAAGCAGAAAAAUUCCCUAGUACUAGUUUCUCUGAUUUCACAUGUACAGCUAUUUAUAUGCCUGUGAUUUUUUUCUGGCAAUUUAAAUGAAAAAUGGCCUCUGAUUUCAAUUUCAAAAAGGUUAUGAGAAAGUUAGGGAUGUAGCUCAGUUAGGGAAGAGUGCUUGCCUGGCAUGCACAGAGCCCUGGGUUCCAUCCCCAGCGUCAUUUAAAAACUUCAUGGAGUCUGUAAUCCCAGCACCCUGGAGGUAGAGGCAGAAGGAUCAGAAAUUCAAGACCAUUCUUGAGUUAGAACCCAGCCUGGGAUACUUGAGACCUUGUCUCAUUAAAAUAAAAUAAGGAGAUGGGGGUGAGAGUGUGAUCAGAAUAUACUGUAUGGGAAAAAAGAUAACAAGAUUCAGAAAGAUGACCAAAGAUGCAGACUACUUUGCAUUAUAUUAAACUAUCCUGUGUAAAAUUUGUAUAGAGAACUCAAUGAGGUUUUAUAAGUUUCUAAUUAAAAUGUCUGGAAAAGA